AAAUUCCUCAGAGUUGCAAAUUAUUUGAGUCACUUGUGUUAGUUUUUAAAUCUCAAUUUCGGGUAUGAACAUAGAAAUUAGAACACUCUUCCAACAGCUGCCGUGUUUAAUGGAGUCGGAAGGCAUGAUUUUCCAACCGUGGCGGGAUUAUAUGAAGCUGGCGGACGCGGUCCGUGAGAUGCGGGCGGCGACAGAAUCCCAACCGCACGGAAAGGCAUCAUUGGUCCCGGUGCGUAAAGACGCCCCUUUCGGUAAAAGCGUGGACCCCAAGCCCGCACCAGCAGUGCCCAGACCAGCAACAACCACGCCGAGUGCUGGGGGGAGAAAGAGGUCCACCCGCUCGAAGACGCAGGACCUACCAUCAUCUGGGAACUUCUGCAGCUUCUGCAAACACAACGGCGAGUCCGAGGCGGUUUUCUCGUCGCACUGCCUAAAGGACCAGGAACGGGGCGUGGUGUGCCCCUAUCUGCGGCGGUAUGUCUGUCCGCUCUGCGGGGCCACCGGAGCCCAGGCCCACACCAAACGCUUUUGUCCGUUGGUCGACAUGACAUACAGUUCGGUUUACGUCGGCUAGGAGAUGUUUCUGCGCUCCCUUCUAGACCUGCUGUCAUGGGCAGUUAUCCUGCGGAACUAGAGAAUCCUUGGAAAUACAGUAUUGUUUUGUUGCUCAAAUAGCAUGUUUUCUGGGGCAGGUCUUGUUUUCUCUUAAUUGUUUCCUUAUUUAAACGUUUUUUACUUAAUUUUAUUUGCCACGUGCGGUUUUAUUUUUGUGAUUUACACCACUUUUUGCACAUUUCUGACCAAACAGUUCUUUUUUUAGUAUGAACGUUAGUAUUGACAAUCUCAAAAGACAACCGCUAUUAUGAUGCGGAGAGCAGAGCUACUUUGUAAUUGUCGUUAACCAUUUUAAACUUUUAUACUAGAUUUUUAUUAUAAUAGAUGUAUGUGUGGUUUCUUGACUUCUCAAACUGUGUAUUUCUUAAACUGUUGUC